CCAUUUUGCGCAGGCGCAACGCGGCCGUUCCCCGCGCAUGCGCGCUGCGCAGCGCUCCGGAGGCGGCGGAGGCAAAAUGGCGGCGGUGGUACAGAAUGUGGUGAAGCUCCUCGGUGAGCAGUACUACAGGGAUGCCAUGGAGCAGUGCCACAACUACAACGCCCGGCUCUGCGCUGAGCGCAGCGUCCGCCUGCCCUUCCUGGAUUCACAGACCGGCGUGGCUCAGAGCAACUGCUACAUCUGGAUGGAGAAGAGGCACCGUGGUCCAGGUUUAGCAGCAGGGCAGCUUUAUUCCUAUCCUGCGCGCCGCUGGAGGAAAAAACGCCGUGCUCAUCCUCCAGAGGACCCGAGGCUCUCCUUCCCUUCCAUCAAACCAGACACCGACCAGACCCUGAAGAAGGAAGGGCUGAUCUCACAGGACGGCAGCAGCCUGGAGGCUCUGCUCAGGACGGACCCCCUGGAGAAGCGUUCCCUCCCAGACCCCCGCAUGGACGACGACAGCCUGGGCGAGUUCCCCGUCACCAACAGCCGUGCACGGAAGCGCAUCCUGGAGCCAGACGAUUUCCUGGAUGAUUUGGAUGAUGAGGACUAUGAGGAGGACACACCGAAACGGAGGGGGAAGGGGAAAGCAAAGGGCAAAGGCGUCGGAGGCGCACGCAAGAAACUGGACGCAGCCAUUUUGGAGGACAGGGACAAACCCUACGCGUGCGACAUCUGUGGGAAGCGCUACAAGAACCGCCCGGGGCUGAGCUACCAUUAUGCACACUCACAUCUGGCUGAGGAGGAGGGCGACGACAAGGACGACUCACAGCCCCCGACCCCCGUCUCACAGCGAUCCGAGGAGCAGAAAUCCAAGAAGGGCCCCGAUGGGUUGGCACUGCCCAACAAUUACUGUGACUUCUGCCUGGGGGACUCCAAAAUCAACAAGAAGACGGGGCAGCCCGAGGAAUUGGUCUCGUGCUCCGACUGCGGCCGAUCGGGACACCCCUCGUGCCUGCAGUUCACCCCGGUGAUGAUGGCAGCUGUGAAGACGUACCGCUGGCAGUGCAUCGAGUGCAAGUGCUGCAACAUCUGCGGCACCUCCGAGAACGAUGUGAGAGGCCCCGGGGGCAGUGGGGGGCACCAGGAACCCGAGGGGACAAUCCCGAGGGGGUGGGGGGGACAUUGGGGUCAUUGGGAGCGCGUGGGGACAACGCCAUGGGGGUGGUGGGGGACGUUGGGAACAUGUGGGGAUGACACCGUGGGGGUGGGAGGGAGGUUGGGGACACUGGGAGUGUGUGGGGACGGCCCUGUGGGGGUGGUGGGGGACGUUGGGAACAUGUGGGGAUGACACCAAGGGGCACUGGGGACACUGGGAUUGUGUGGGGACAAAGCUAUGGGGAUUGGGGGCGACAUUUGGGACAGCCUCAUGCGGAUGGUUGGGGGACGUUGUACCCCAUUGUUCCCCCAAUCCCUCCAUUAUUUCCUCAAAUCCCCCAUUAUUUCCCCCAAUUCC